UAGGCUGGAGGGAGGCAGCUGUUGCCAUUAUUUUACCAGCCUUUGCUCAGACACAUCAGCGGCUUCACCCAACCCAGGGAAAAAAAAAAAAAAAGAAGAAGAAGAUGAGUCCGUCGACACCAUCAUAAAAAACACGAAACUGAAAAAUAGAUUUUAAAAAGUUAAAUCAAUGGUACAGAAAAGUAGUAUGUCCAGGACGCCUUCGACCUCAACCCAGGAGAUCCAAAUGGACAUGUUCGACCAUCAUCCACACACACAGGGAAAGUAUGGCAAGAGGAAGAGCCGAUUUAAGCGCUCAGAUGGAAGCACCUCUUCUGACACCACCUCGAACAGCUUCGUCCGACAGGGCUCGGCAGACUCCUACACCAGCCGGCCGUCGGACUCAGACGUGUCCCUGGAGGAGGACCCCGAGGCUCUGAGGAAGGAGGCCGACAGACAGGCCCUCGCCACGCUUGAGAAAGCUAAGACCAAACCGGUGGCGUUUGCUGUGCGGACAAAUGUCGGUUACAACCCCGGCCCCAGUGAUGACGUUCCUGUGCAGGGCAUGGCCAUAUCCUUCGAAGCCAAAGACUUCUUGCACAUUAAAGAGAAAUACAACAAUGACUGGUGGAUCGGACGUCUGGUGAAGGAGGGCUGUGAGGUGGGCUUCAUCCCCAGCCCGGUCAAACUGGAGAACACCCGCCUGCUGCAGGAGCAGAGGAUGAGACAAAACCGACUCAGCUCCAGUAAAUCUGGAGGAAGCUCCAGUCUGGACGUUGCCACGGGAACCCGCAGGCCCACCCCACCUGGCACAGCUCACGUGGACAUGUCCACCCCUGCCUUUGACGUUGACCCCCUCGACCUGGAUGCUGAGGAGCCCCCUGAGUCCCAGGGUGACCCUCGCUCCCCCAAGGGCAUGUCAGGCAGCGUAACAUCCCCUCAGGCCAACGCCCACCGACUGCCCUUCUUUAAGAAGUCAAGCAGCUCUGGUAAUGCGGUUUCUGUGAUGCGGCGACGGCUGGAAAUCUCAAACCUUGGCUGGUCAUCAAGAGCAAUGGACGGGAUGGAGCACAUCCCCCCCUAUGACGUGGUUCCCUCCAUGAGACCCAUCAUCCUAGUCGGGCCGUCACUUAAAGGAUACGAGGUGACAGACAUGAUGCAGAAAGCGCUCUUUGACUUUCUGAAACACAAGUUUGAGGGCAGGAUAUCCAUCACACGGGUGACAGCGGACAUCUCCCUGGCCAAACGUUCAGUCCUUAACAACCCCAGCAAGCACACCAUCAUCGAGCGCUCCAGUACCCGCUCCAGCCUGGACGUACUGGCGGAGGUGCAGAGUGAGAUUGAGCGCAUCUUUGAGCUGGCCCGCACCCUCCAGCUGGUCGCUCUGGAUGCAGACACCAUCAACCACCCCUCUCAGCUGGCCAAGACCUCCCUGGCUCCCAUCAUUGUCUAUAUCAAAAUAGCCUCACCUAAGGUCCUCCAGAGGCUCAUCAAAUCUCGGGGGAAGUCCCAGGCUAAACACCUAAAUGUGCAGGUGGUGGCAGCGGACAAGUUGGCCCAGUGUCCACCUGAACUGUUUGACAUCAUCCUGGACGAGAACCAGCUGGAAGACGCCUGCGAACACCUGGCCGACUACUUGGAGGCGUACUGGAAAGCGACGCAUCCCCCGAGCAGCAACCCCCCCAACCCUCUGCUCAACCGUACCAUGGCUACGGCAGCCCUGGCCGCCUCCCCCGAGCCCGUCUCCAACCUGCAGGGGCCGUACCUGGUGCACGGUGAGCAGAAGCGAGAAGGGCCUCUGACAGAGUGCGGCGGGAGCGGCACCCUGCACGACUAUCAAACCGACCUGGGAGGGAAACCCCAGCAGCAGCAGCAGCAGCAAGCGUACCUGCGCUCCUCUCGCGGCCAGCUACGGGGAGGCAGCGGCCGGGGGCUGUCGCGGCAAGACACCUUCGACUCCGAGACCCAGGGUAGCCGGGACUCCGCCUACACCGAGGCCGGCGACUCCUGCAUGGACAUUGAGACUGACCCCUAUGAAGAGCCCGAGCCCUACCGAGGGAGCGGCGGCAGCCGCCUCCACCUGGCACAGCAUCACGGCAGACAGGCGUCCUGGGAAGACGAAGGAGCCGAGCCGGACCAGGAGAACCUGAACCACCCUCCGAUGCCAAGCCAGACGCAGCCGCAUGGACGCGCCAAGCUGAGGGAGCGCUACUGCCAGGACCCUGUGGACACCGGGGCCAACAUGAGCCGCAACAAGAACCAGGACGACUGGGGGAGGGAUGUCUACAUCCGCUGAACGCGCUUCAUACCACAGAGGCGAGGAAGCUGAGAGAUGUGGGAAGGGAGGGGUGGAAGGUUCAGGUUGUGGGCUCAGAAGAAACUGGGUUUGGGGCCAUGCCAGUCAGGCUGACAAAUUAAUCUGUUUACAUCCCAGUACAAUGUAAAGAAAAACAUCAACUGCCAGAUGCCAUUCUCAUCUUCUUGCAAUUCAAUUUAUUUAUGUUUGAAAAGAUAUUAUUAGUCUGUUUUUUUGUUUCCUUUGUUACUACUGCAUGAAUAUCAUGGAUUUCUAUACUGACAGCACGAGGACAGUAAUUGAUUGUGAAUCUCUGAUUGUGACUCGAUCUCUCCUUCAGUUGUGAAGAGCUGUAGUCUGUCCUGUCUGUCCUCUGCAGUCUUAAACAGGGUCUAAUGUCACCGCCCCCCACGUACAGUGUCAGGGUUUCUCUUUACCUUAAAUCUCACUCAGUGCUUUUGGAUACCUCCCAUACUGAUAUCCAGAAGUGACGAGUCUCUCACCUCCACGUUCUUAUCACCCAGACCUUAAAAAAAAAAGCUGGUGGAGAAGUCGCCAUAUUUUAACACAACAAUUUAUCGAUGUUGCUACACUCAUGUCAGCUUGAUUACAACAAAGAGUACACUCCAAAGACGUUUACUUCUUCCCUGACCUGGUCUACACGUCUGACCCAGUCCUCCCGUCUGUGUUCUCCUCAUCCUCGUGAGGGCGCCUGCAGUAUUCAUUUGUUCUAACCUGGUGGAGAUUCACUGCAGUUGUAGUUGUGUGAAUGAAGUGUCCUGCCUUAGUCACUCGCACCCUAAAAACACCCAAGAAAACUCCAAUCACAAGUGCCGGAAUGUCUCGCCAAGCCAUGUCCACCACUGCCACGGUGGGAUGUCUUAACUCUUGUUACACUCGUUUUCAUACCAUACUUGUGUGUCUUUGUGUCUCGUGGCUACUCUGCACCGUAGCCCACGCUGUCGCUCCAGCACGUCGUUUUUUUCUUUGCACCAGCUUCGUCGUCUGUUUUUCAGGGCUAAUGGUUAUAUAAAAAGUACUCGUGUGUGUGGUUAAAUCACUCCCAACUUCCACCUAAACAGCUAGCUUGUCUGAUAUUAAAUACCACUCUCUUCUUACUCUUGAUUUCUGACUGAAUUAGUGUUGUUUUUUCCUGUGGACAUUUGCAAUUUUUUUAAUUUAACUCUUCAGUUCUUGUGAGGUAGUGAGAGGAGUAUCAAGUGGGGUGUGGGAGGGUGGGAGAAGGGUAGGAUCAGCUUUGGUCUUUACUCAGUUAUCUAUAAUGGAGAAUCCAUGAAUGUCUUUGGUGGGCUGCUUUAGCCCGCCCGUCUUCAGUUGAAUAAAUAAAUAUUAAAUAAUGAUCAGUAAAUAAUGUUAUUGUUGCGUUAUCGCAAUUGUUAAAAAUAUGAAAUGACAUGUAUCAUUGGUGCCUGAUUGUAGCUACAUUUUGCUUUUUCUGCCUUUCAUUUUUAAUCUGUGGAUAAAUUCGUAUUUUAAUUAAAAAUUUAAUCAGAAA